ACUCAUGCCUCAAUGGAUUCUGGGAUGACCGGACCUGACCCAAAUGACGUCAGAGGGGUGUUUGAAUUUGUAUGUAAGGAUUUAGUAACUCUUACGGCUAAACUGUUACCUAUGUGACUCCCCGGGCCGCUUGUAUUCCCGUGCUCUAGAUUAGGAUUAGUGAAUUCCCCUAGGCGAGGCAUGAAUAACUGAGGCGGAAGUUGGAAGUGUAUUCCUCCUCCCCCCGUUAUUGUUUAAGGUGGUACAGUCCGGGGGUCUGGCAGUAUCUCGGCGCGGGGACUGUGCUCAUCUCCAGCCGUUCUUCCUCCGGUGUGGUGUCCGUUCGGUGUGUACGGUGCGCGGCCUCUGUGGUGACAUGUCGGUGGCAUUUGCAGCUCCCCGGCAGCGGGGGAAGGGGGAGAUAACCCCGGCUGCUAUCCAGAAGAUGUUGGAUGAAAAUAAUCACUUAAUUCAGUGUAUUAUGGACUAUCAGAACAAAGGAAAAACUUCUGAAUGUUCACAGUAUCAGCAAAUGUUGCACACAAAUUUGGUUUACUUGGCCACCAUUGCAGACUCCAAUCAAAAUAUGCAACCUUUAUUACCAGCACUACCUACACCAAACAUGCCUAUGGGUCCGGCAGGAAUGAAUCAGAGUGGCACUCCACAGCCACCACGUUCACACAACAUGCCUUCAGAAGGAAUGGUAGGAGGGGGCCCGCCUGCACCACACAUGCAGAACCAGAUGAACGGCCAGAUGCCUGGACCCAACCAUAUGCCUAUGCAAGGACCAGGACCAAACCAACACAACAUGUCAAGUAGUUCAAUGACUAUGCCUUCAAAUAAUCAUGGUUCCAUGGGAGGAUAUAACCAUGCUGUGCCAUCUUCACAAAAUAUGCCAGUCCAGAAUCAGAUGAGCUUGUCUCAAGGCCAGUCAAUGGGAAACUAUGGUCCCAGACCAAGCAUGAAUAUGCAGCCAAAUCAAGGUCCCAUGAUACACCAGCAGUCUCCCUCACAGCAGUAUAACUUGCCUCAGGGUGGUGGACAGCAUUACCAAGGGCAGCAGCCACCUAUGGGUAUGAUGGGUCAAGUUAACCAAGGAAAUCACAUGAUGGGUCAAAGGCAAAUUCCUCCAUACAGACCUCCACAGCAAGGUCCACCUCAGCAGUACUCAGGCCAAGAAGAUUAUUAUGGUGAACAGUAUAGUCAUGGUGGGCAAGGAACUCCUGAAGGCAUAAAUCAGCAAUACUAUCCAGAUGGUCAUAAUGAUUACGGUUAUCAGCAACCGUCGUAUCCUGAACAAGGCUACGAUAGGCCUUACGAGGAUUCCUCACCACAUUACUACGAAGGAGGUAAUGCUCAAUAUGCACAACAGCAGGAAACCUAUCAAGGUCCACCACAGCAGCAGGGAUACCCAUCUCAGCAGCAGCAGCAGCAACAGCAACAGCAGCAGCAACAGUAUGCUGGCCAGCAAGGAUAUCCACCCCAGCAACAAGGAUAUGGUCCUUCACAAAGUGGACCAGGUCCUCAGUACCCUAACUAUCCUCAGGGACAGGGUCAACAGUAUGUGCAAUACAGGCCUUCACAGCCAGGACCCCCACAGGCACAACAGCAAAGACCUUAUGGAUACGAUCAGGAAAGUCUUCAUGUGAAUCAACGCUGUAUGUUGCAACAAAUACAAAUAGUUCAAAAGCAUGAGUAAAAGCUCAAUAUGGAAACUACCAACAGUAGAAACUCCCAGGUUCCUGUAGCCAGUCCUUGUAGCUCUUGUACUUUUUCCUCAGAACUGUGGUCAUCUUCCUUUUGAAGAGCUCAUUAACUUUAUCUCUUACACUUGGGGAAAACGACGUGAAUUGAUGGCAGCUUCUAAGUUUUUUUUAGUCUUUAUGUGUUAAUCAUGGAAGACUACAGUAAUUCACAUGCCCAGCCUAAUUCACGUUGUGUACUCUAGGUGGUGAUGUUGCAUCACAGAUUCCAAGACCUCCAUGUGUCGCAUGGAAAGCAGACCUUUUAAAUUGUAAAGUUUUAGGAAAACUUUUUUUCCUCUUUGUGAUAGAAUUCAAUUUGUUCUGUGAAUUUUAUCACAGUGUAAUGUGUAAACCAGAAUAAUACGGCAGAGAACAGUGUAUUUAAAUGUAAUCAUGGAACAUUAAAUGUGUUAUCUUUAAAUAAAUAAGUGAAUAAUUGUUUUCUAUAACUUGAGUUCUUUGAAUGUUUUCUUGCUAUUGUCAUUUCAAUAACAUUAGAGAAAGGAAAAUCUGCACAAAAGUGAAGACAUUGCCCAUAGCAAUCAAUUAGAAUUUGUUGCAUUUUAAUAAAAACUUGAUUGCUGUUGGCUACACUGUUGUGCAUUUUUUUUUCUUUGGUUUUAAUAAAUUUAGCCUCAAUUAUUUUUCAUUGUCCUUGCCAGAGUAUUUUACUGCUCCAUCUUAAAGGAGAUGUAGGUGGAACGGAGCUUAAAAAAAAAAAAAAAAAAUGGAAAACAGUCUUGCCAUCACAAGUCUAUGUAAGGCUUUAGGAACUGCAUGUUAUGACAAAAGGAAGCAUCCAUUGUUUCCAUGUUAUCCCCCGUUCAUCCAGCAUUUUUGUGGCAUUCUCCUUUUGAAGAUGUCUAUAUUCUGGGGACCUGAUCCAAAUAUUGCAGUCCUAAAAAGAUGGAAGGUCCCUUUGCUUGUAAACUGAAAUGGGAUAAUGGUGCUGCUACUGCAGUUUCACCAGCAGGUGGCGCUGCAAGUGAAAUCUUAGACUUUUUAUUUUUCUUUUGUAACUAGGAAGCAUUGAAAUAUAACCAGUGGAAGACUUAUGUGGCAAAUAAACAAAGACCAAGUUUAUUUUUAAUUUUUUUUGCAGAUAAGUUUUCAGGUAACAAAGUUAAUUCUUGCAAAGUUGGGUAUGUGAUAUAAUGUAUUUGCAUAUCUAUCAAACCAGCACACAGUUUUACAUAAUAUAGAGCACUACAAGUUGCAAUACACGCUAUUCUCCAUUUCUAGGCAACCUUUAUGCAAUACAGUUCCAGGGGCUUUUUUGGUAUACGGUAAAAAUGCAUCCUACACCUUUUUAUUAGUAUCUGAAAAAGUAAAUGUUAUGAUAUUGUAUGUUAUUUUGCAGAGGAAUAUUUUUUUUUCCUGUUUUAAAACCUAAUAAAAUACACAAGAAAUGCAAA